AUGGUGAGGAAUCUAGACAACCUGGACUUCCAUCUGCCUUCACAUGCCCAAGACAUGCUGGACGGCCUGCAGCAUCUGCGCUCCCUACCCAAGCUGGCCGAUGUCACCCUGCUGGUUGGUGACCAGGAGCUGCCCUGUCACCGCAGCCUUCUGGCUCUGAGUAGCCCCUACUUCCACGCCAUGUUUGCCGGAGACUUUGCUGAGAGCUUUUCGGCACGUGUGGAGCUGCAGGAUGUAGAGCCGGCUGCCGUGGGACAGCUGGUGGACUUUGUGUACACAGGCCGCCUGACCAUCACUCAGACUAACGUGGAGGCACUGACCCGCACCGCAUCGCGUCUCCAUUUCCCCACUGUGCAGAAAGUCUGUGGCCGAUACCUGCAACAGCAGUUAGACGCCACCAACUGCUUGGGCAUCUGUGAGUUUGGGGAGCAGCAGGGACUGUUAGGCGUGGCUGCCAAAGCCUGGGCCUUCCUGCGGGAGAACUUUGAGGAAGUGGCCCAAGAGGAUGAGUUCUUGCAGCUGCCUAGAGACCGACUGGCCACCUGUCUGGCCAGUGACCUGCUGCAGGUACAACCGGAGCAGAGUCGGCUCGAAGCUCUGCUGCGCUGGGUGCGCCAUGACCCCCAGGACCGGUCUGCCCACCUGCCCGAGCUCCUCAGCCUGGUGCACCUGGAUGCGGUGCCAAGGCCCUGUGUGCAACAGUUGCUGGCCACAGAGCCGCUGAUCCAGGAGUCAGAGGCAUGCCUGGAGGCCCUGUCCCAGGGCCUCAGUGGGGAGCUUCCAGGCCUCCCACAGACGAUGCAGGAGGUACUGGUGGUCGUGGGAGGGCGGGCACUGGAGGAAGACGAGGAGGGUGGUGAAGAGCCCAGCCCCCACACUGGGAACUUUGCCUUCUACAACACCAAGGCCAGUAAGUACCUGUCAUGCUUGUCCUGGACAUGA